UUUUGAAUGAGAUACUAACUGCUGACUUGAUUGCUAUACUGGACAAUAAUUUUGCUUUAACUGUAGGUGUGGAGGAAGUGCAAGAUACGUAUCUUCACUGUGGCUCAGAUGGACGACAACAGCAUUCAGAUGAAGAAAGACCUGAUGACGUUCCUCUAUCAUCUGCGAUUUGAUGCUGAGGUGGAGGUGGUUGAAAUGCACGACAGCGACAUCUCGGCCUACACCUACGAAAAGACCCUGGUGAUGGAGCAGCGGUCGCAGAUCCUCAAGGAGAUGCAUCUGACCAAGAACGAGCGUGAGAGAGAGAUUCAGAGCAUCACAGACGUGUCCCGUGGCUCUAUACGUCGAAAGAACCCUUCAAACCUGCACCCCCAGAGGAGUAUCGCUGAGGAGUCGGUGGGAGGAAGCGGCGAAGAGAAACCUGAGGAAGAGUCUGUCCGUCUCUCCCGUCCUCGACAGGUUCAGCUC